AUGACAACUCAGGGCGAUCAACCAUUCCAAGAUCAAUCAUUCAACUCCCAGCAAGUCAAUGAAAUUAUUAGCCGCGUUAUUUCCGGUGUAUUGAAAAGCGGUGAAUUCGUUCCAGAUAAGGUUCAAGAGCAUUUAACAAAUAUCCUCCACGAAGUUCUUUCACAGUUGAAGGAACUCAACUUCCGCUUUAAGUACUGCGUAUCUGGGCUGAUUACGCAAAACUGCGGAGCAGGGCUUUAUCAAUUUGCUUCAACUCACUAUGAAAAGAACCAAGAUAACUUUGCGAAUACGGUAUACCAAAAAGGCAAUAUAAUCUGCUCUGUUACAGUUUAUGGAUUCAAGAUUUAA